GUUCUUAACCAUUUCAUUUCAAGUUGGUCUCUCUUCUCCAAAACAAAAUGUGUAAAAUUGCCUGUCUGUUGUUCCUGGUGGGUUUGUAUUGUACCUCCAUAAAAUGCCAUCAAACGUCCAAAACAUUUCAGAUCAAUUGUUAUCUGGGAGCCUGGUCUAUGCGCCGUCCUCCAGGAUAUCGUUUAAAUUUAGAUGAAUUUGAUACCACACUGUGCAAUUUUAUUACUUAUGCCUUCAUUACCCUAACUCCGCCUGGGGUAAUCAAUGCCGAUAAGUAUAGACUGCGCGAGGAAAUAGAUCCAUUACAUAGUCUGAUGGCUUUAAAAGAGAAAAAUCCGGAUUUGAAAAUUAUAGCCGCAGUUCGUGCUGUUACCACUCAUAUUCUGGAGAAUGAGAGAACACGUGAACGAUUUAUAACUUCGGUUGCAGCUUUCUUGAAAACCCAUGAAUUUGAUGGUUUCGAUUUACAUUGGUUGCUAGCCCACGAUGACCCAGAGAUUCCAGAUGCGCAAAAUUCAGGCUAUGAACAACUGCUUAAGGAUCUUUAUCGAGAAUUAUAUCGCAUUAAAAAGUUUUUCGCUGUCUCUGUAAGUGGCACCGCUAAGGCAGCAGAAAUGUAUAUAAAAGCCAUUAAUCUGGGCAAAUAUACGCACUAUAUAAAUGUUCUAUCCUAUAAUUUUACAAACGAUUACACCAUGCCCCCACAUGUGGCGCCUCUGUUUGAAAAUGGCAACAACAAUGUUAACGAUGCCAUGGACUUGUGGAUUAACCGAGUUUUUGGGCAGAAAUUAAAUUUAGGAGUAGCCUUUCUAGGAAGAAAGUUCACCUUGAAUGCUGACAAAAAGAUAGCCCAACAAGGUGACUUUAUGCCCUACAACGAAGCUUGUAAGAUGGUACAUUCCUUCCCAUAUGCGGAAUUUAACGCUACUGCCGCCACAUCUUUCGUUCGAAACAACGAAUUUUGGCUUAGCUAUGAAUCAGCUGAAAGUCUUGAGGUGAAGUUAGACUUUGUGGAACAGUACAAUCUUAGAGGUGUAACGAUAUGGUCAUUGGAAAAUGAUGACUAUAAUGCUGAAUGCGGCGAGAAAUAUCAUCUGUUGAACUACAUCAACCGAAAGGCUGAUGAAAAAUUUUUAAAAUUCGAAGGUUUGUCCUGUGAGAUUAAAAAUCUGAAACAAUCAGUUUGCUAUCAGGAGUAUUAUUUUGUGGCUGGAUUUUUUGGCAGGAAUAUCAAAUUCGCUCUUAAACGUUUGGCAGAUAAAAUGAUCAACUGUUAUUUGAGGAAUUAUAAAUCUGUAGACAAAGUGAGAGUGCGAUUUAAAGGCAUUGAUCCCAAAAUGUGUACCCAUAUUAGUUUUGCUUUUUAUGAUCUAGCCGAAAAUGGCAGUCUUAAAGUUCCCCACCAUGCACCGGACAAAGGCCUUAUAUCUAAAUUGGUUAUGGAAAAUCCUGAUCUAAAGCUAAUAGCUGUUGUGGGCGGUGUGAAUGUUUCAACUCAACUAUUCUCAGCAAUGGCUGCAGAUGAAGUUAAGCGUAGAAACUUUCGAAGGUCAGUGAUUGUAUAUCUUUUGGAAAAUGGAUUUAAUGGCUUAGAUAUACAUUGGCUGAACAAAAGUAAUCCAGCUGAUAGACCGCAAUUUGUUACGCUGUUGAGUGAAUUGAGUGAAUCCUUUAGCUAUAAUGAUCUUGAGCUCGGUAUAUCGACAAUAGCUGAGUUGAGUUACAUUCGCUCAUGGUACGAUAUCUCAAAUAUUGUUAAAUAUGUGGAUUUUAUCAAUGUCAUGGCCUAUAAUUAUACUCGCGGCAGAGUUGACCAUGAUUCGGCCUUGUAUGGAAAUCAUAAUGGAAAUGCACAUGCCACAAUAAAUUUGUGGCUUAAAGGUGGUGCCCCUGCUUCAAAACUAAACCUGGGAGUGUCAUUCAUUGGCCAUCAUUUCGACGAGAUUAAAUCUAAGAGAAAUAAAUUUAAAGUCAAGGCCCCUAUUUCAUAUUUCGAUGCCUUCCAAACGGUAAAACGUUACUCGUAUCAAGAUGAUGGCCUUUUUGGAUUUGACCUUAACGAUGGCCGUUCCUAUUUAAAGCAUGUGGGGAUUUGGCAAUGGAAGUGGACAAGCUAUGAGUCUGGGAUGGGUGUUGAAAUGAAAAUGGACUAUGUGCAGGAGAUGGGUCUACGAGGCGUUAUGAUUUGGACGCAUGAAAACGAGCAGUUUGAAGAACAAAUUGGUGAAUAUCGCCUUUUGGGGCAGGCUAUUUUAGAUUUUCCUACUGCCAUUCUAGUAUUAACAUCAAACAUGAACUUACGGUGGCUGAGCUUUCUCAUAAUUGUGUCGACUCUCAGUCAAACCCUGGAGGCAAUUCCUACUGAGAAACGAAUUCAUUGUUACUAUGGGUCUUGGGCCACACAUCGUCCCAAUGGUGGAGAUCUUAAACCUGAAAACAUCGAUCCAUUUCUAUGCACUCACAUACAUUUGGCCUUUUUUGGCAUAUCCCCGAGAGGUCUUUUCACGUCCGACAUUGACACUAAUUUAAUUGAAAAACUAAACAAUUUCAAAUGGAAAUAUCCCCAACUAAAGCUUAUAGCGGUUCUUGGUGGUCCUGAUAUCAUAUUUAAUCGUCUCUACAGAUUUCAAAUAGGCUCGCCAGAAACACGUAUGGCUUUGAUAAAUUCUACGCUGGAUUUCCUUCUGCAGCAUAAAUUCGAUGGCUUGGAUUUGCAUUUUAAAUAUGGAAAACAGCAAAUUAGCUUUGUAAGGGAUGCGGUACAUGAGUUUAAAAUGGGAUUUGAGGGACAACAUCUUGAGGUAGGUGUCACUGUGUAUGGCCGUAUCAGCUACGCCCAUCAUAUGUAUGAUGUACAAUAUAUUGGUCAAAGUGCAGACUUUAUAAAUGUCAUGGCCUACAAUUAUACAGGUGAAGGUUGGACCUACACCAUAGGUGACGAUCAUGUUCGAAAAUCUGCCAGCCGAAGAAUUGAUAAGGAUUGGAUAACAUAUGAUGCUCCGCUUUAUGGACGAGAUGAUAAUAAUGUGAAAGCUUCCAUCGAUUAUUGGUUAGAUAAUGGAGCUCCUCCAUCAAAAGUUAAUUUGGGUAUAGCUUUUGUUGGCACCAAUGUUCAGAUAGAACAAAGUCUAGCUCUGGAAACACGUGUCAAAUCAAUUGGUCCUGGCCUAAGAGGUUUUUACACUUGGGAAACUGGUCACAUGGCUUACAUUGAGUUAUGUCGAAUUCAACAGAGGCUGCAACAAUUGAAAAAUGGUUCUGUGGAGACCGAUUCCAUGCAUAAAUCAACUAUUAUGCAAUAUCGCAACUAUUGGUGGAGUUAUGAAAGUCCCAUGAGUCUGGAGGCAAAAAUGGAUUAUCUUGCCGAAAAGAACCUGGGAGGUGUAAUGGUUUGGUCCUUGGAGAAUGAUGAUUUUCUUGGAAGAUGUGGCGUCAAGUUCCCAUUACUUAAGUAUAUCUCAAGAAGAUUGGAUGAUAACAUCGAGUGCACACCGGGAAGAUGUUGUAUAAAAACAACCCAUCGUUUACGGAAUUGCCGCAAUCACUAUUAGACAUUGAAGUGAAUGCCGAAAGCAAGGUGUUCCAUACUUAAUUACCAUGCGUUGAAGGACCACUUUGAAUAUGCUAAAUAAAAUGUUUUUAAGUACAUUAAUAAGUUAA